UGUCGCAAGCGUAGAAGACGUCGAAUCAAAAUGGCGACCGGGACAGGCAAGCACAAGCUGCUGAGUACUGGCCCAACAGAGCCAUGGUCCAUCCGAGAGAAGUUGUGUUUAGCAUCUUCUGUCAUGAGGAGUGGGGAUCAGAACUGGGUAUCAGUGAGCAGAGCAAUCAAGCCCUUUGCAGAACCUGGCCGGCCUCCAGACUGGUUCUCUCAAAAACAUUGUGCUUCUCAGUACUCUGAGCUCUUAGAGACUACGGAGACUCCAAAACGGAAAAGGGGUGAAAAAGGAGAAGUGGUAGAAACUGUCGAAGAUGUUAUUGUUCGCAAACUGACUGCUGAGAGAGUUGAGGAACUGAAGAAAGUCAUAAAGGAGACACAGGAGAGAUACAGGCGUCUGAAAAGAGAUGCAGAACUAAUUCAGGCCGGGCACAUGGACAGCAGACUGGACGAGCUCUGCAGUGACAUCGCAAUGAAAAAGAAAUUGGAGGAGGAAGAGGCUGAAGUAAAAAGGAAGGCCACAGAUGCUGCAUACCAGGCUCGGCAAGCAGUGAAAACACCUCCUCGAAGGUUACCGACUGUGAUGGUCCGCUCUCCUAUAGACUCUGCCUCCCCGGGAGGUGAUUAUCCACUUGGAGACUUGACUCCAACCACUAUGGAAGAGGCUACCUCUGGGGUAACCCCUGGGACUUUGCCGAGUACCCCAGUCACCUCGUUUCCUGGGAUUCCUGACACCCUUCCUCCAGGCUCUGCACCCUUAGAAGCCCCCAUGACCCCAGUAACAGAUGAUUCACCCCAGAAAAAGAUGCUUGGACAGAAAGCAACUCCACCCCCCUCCCCUCUGCUGUCAGAGCUCUUGAAGAAGGGCAGCCUCCUGCCUACUAGCCCCAGACUGGUAAACGAGAGUGAGAUGCCUGUGCCCUCCGGCCAUCUGAACAGCACGGGGGUUCUCCUGGAGGUAGGCGGGGUUCUUCCCAUGAUACAUGGUGGGGAGAUACAGCCAACAACCAGUGCUGUGGCAGCCUCCCCAGCUGCCUCAGGCGCUCCCACUCUUUCCCGGCUUUUAGAAGCUGGUCCCACACAGUUCACCACUCCUCUUCCUUCCUUCACUACUGUUGCCAGUGAGCCUCCAGUUAAGCUUGUGCCACCCCCUGUAGAGUCUGUGUCCCAGGCUACCAUUGUCAUGAUGCCUGCGCUGCCAGCACCAUCUUCUGCUCCUGCUGUCUCCACUCCUGAAAGUGUAGCUCCAGUGAGCCAGCCUGAGCCCUGUGUUCCCCUGGAGGCUAUGGGGGAUCCACACACUGUGACUGUUUCCAUGGAUAGCAGUGAGAUCUCCAUGAUCAUUAAUUCUAUCAAAGAAGAGUGUUUCCGCUCAGGGGUAGCAGAGGCUCCUGGUGGAUCAAAGGCUCCAAGCAUAGAUGGGAAGGAGGAUUUAGAUCUGGCUGAGAAGAUGGAUAUUGCUGUGUCUUACACAGGUGAAGAGUUGGACUUUGAAACAGUUGGAGACAUUAUUGCCAUUAUUGAGGACAAGGUGGAUGAUCACCCUGAAGUGCUGGAUGUAGCAGCUGUAGAAGCAGCAUUAUCAUUCUGUGAAGAAAAUGAUGAUCCUCAGUCGCUGCCUGGCCCUUGGGAGCACCCUAUCCAGCAGGAGCGGGACAAGCCAGUACCUCUUCCAGCACCAGAGAUGACCGUCAAACAAGAGAGGCUAGACUUUGAGGAAUCAGAAAACAAAGGGAUCCAUGAACUGGUAGACAUCAGGGAUUCAGGUGUUGAGAUUAAGGUGGAACCUACAGAGCCAGAGCCAGGCAUGUCUGGGUCUGAGAUAGUAGCUGGAGUUGGUCCGGUCUCAAGUAUGGAGCCACCAGAACUCAGGAGUCAAGACUUAGAUGAAGAACCUAGAAGUUCUGCACCUGGAGAGAUUGGUGAGGCAGAUGGUUCCAGUGGGAAAUGCGAUGAGAGGCCACUUUCAGCUGUGAAGGCAGAGGCAUCCCCUGAAAGCAUGCUGUCUCCAUCACAUGGCUCAAAUCCUAUUGAAGAUCCUUUAGAGGCAGAGACGCAACACAAGUUUGAAAUGUCAGACUCAUUGAAAGAAGAAUCAGGGACUAUUUUUGGAAGCCAGAUAAAGGAUGCCCCAGGUGAGGAGGAGGAAGAAGAUGGAGUCAGUGAAGCAGCUAGCCUAGAAGAGCCUAAGGAAGAGGAUCAAGGAGAAGGCUAUUUAUCUGAGAUGGAUAAUGAGCCCCCUGUGAGCGAAAGUGAUGAUGGCUUUAGUAUACAUAAUGCCACACUGCAGUCACAUACUCUGGCAGACUCCAUCCCAAGCAGCCCUGCCUCCUCGCAGUUUUCUGUGUGCAGUGAAGAUCAAGAAGCAAUUCAGGCUCAGAAAAUAUGGAAGAAAGCCAUCAUGCUUGUAUGGAGGGCUGCAGCAAAUCACAGGUAUGCCAAUGUGUUCCUGCAACCUGUUACAGAUGACAUAGCUCCUGGCUACCAUAGCAUUGUACAGAGGCCUAUGGAUUUGUCAACUAUAAAGAAAAACAUUGAAAAUGGACUGAUACGAAGCACGGCUGAGUUUCAGCGUGACAUCAUGCUGAUGUUUCAGAAUGCUGUUAUGUACAAUAGCUCAGACCAUGAUGUCUAUCACAUGGCAGUAGAGAUGCAGAGAGAUGUUUUGGAACAGAUCCAGCAAUUCUUGGCCACACAGUUGAUCAUGCAAACAUCUGAGUCUGGAAUCAGUGCUAAAAGUCUCCGGGGGAGAGACUCUACCCGAAAACAAGAUGCUUCAGAGAAGGACAGUGUCCCCAUGGGCUCUCCUGCCUUCCUUCUCUCUCUCUUUGAUGGGGGAACCAGGGGACGCCGCUGUGCCAUUGAAGCAGAUAUGAAGAUGAAGAAGUGAAUACCCUCUUUGAGCUGACCCUGAAAUAGAAAUAACACGAUAGUAUAGCUUGGGCUUGUGGGCUCAGUUCCACACUUGAUCUUAGUCAAAAGGCUGAGAAGCACUGAGUCCAGAAGUGGAGUUACAGAAGAGGAGGUGCCUGGGCCAAAUGACAUGAGUUGGGAAAAUCUCUUUUCAGAGAGUUGGAGUAGCACAGUUGCCUGUUUUAGGGCAGAAAUCAUGGGCUGCAUUAAUGCCCUAAUGUGUAACUAGAGAUUGUAGCUGAUUUGUACUGUCUUGUGAAGUGUACAGAUUUUUUUAAAAAAAAAAAAUAAUAAUAAACCUGUGAAAUGUGUGUAUAUAACAAUCAGAAGGAAAA